AUGGAGGACGAUCCUCGACUGCUUUUCAUCACCAGUGGUACAUCCACUCUCGCUGGAUCAGAAAACCUAGAUCUUCCGAUCAAUCGCGUUCCGCCUAAGGGCUGGCCAAAGGCUGGCCCGCCACAGAUCAGUAUACCUGCCUACCGUAGUUCUAAAGCAGGAAUGAAUAUGAUCAUGAGAGAGUGGCAUAGCACCCUCAAGGAGGACGGGGUCAAAGUAUGGGCCAUCUCGCCAGGCUAUCUUGCUACUGGUCUAGGGGGAAGCGUACAGAUAAAUAAGAAGCGAAGUGCUGCCGAUCCUGCUAUAGGUGGACAGUUUGUCAAGGACGUCAUUGAAGGGCGUCGGAAUAACGACAUUGGCAAGGUCAUUCUAAGAGACCGUGUGCAGCCUUGGUGA